AUGUUUUUGAGAAAAAGGAAGCCUGUAAAUACCAAUGAUGAUCAUAAGAUAACUGAUAUACCAGCAAUCACGCCAUCGUUAUCUGCAACUGCAACUGCAGCAACAACACCAGACAGUAGCAGUAGCGAGGGAGACACGACAGAGCUUUCACCAGAAGAUAUUUUAUCAGACGCUGCACAUCUAUUCUACCAUCAAAUGGAGCGACAACCCUUCUAUCGUAAAAAGAGGUUCAAUUUUUUCGUAGGGAUUGGUAUCGGUCUAUUAGCUAUGUGGGCUGCUUCAACAACACCCGCUGCUCAAACAACUUUAAACGAUUUACAAGAUUUUCUAUUACUGCAAUUGGCCGAUAUCGAUUUGCAAAGUAUUUUACCUCAGCAUGAUAUGGUAGAUGAAUUUUUGGGUAAUUUUACCAGUUUUAUCAAACCCACGCCAGCAACGGAGAUUUCAUUUAUGCCUGCAUCCGAGUUCAAAGAGCAACUCGGUCUGAAACCACAUUUUCCAGUUGUCAUGGUGCCUGCUAUGAUUCGCUCGGUACUAUUAAACAAGGAAGACUGGAUACGAAACAUCAUGCUGGAUCCCGUGACAGGAUUGGAUCCACCGUGCUGUAAAGUUCGUGCGGUUCAAGGCGUAGAGGCUGCCGACUAUUUUAUCACGGGCUAUUGGGUUUGGGCGAAGAUUAUUGAAAACCUCGCUACCAUUGGCUAUGAUACAAAUACCAUGUAUUUCGCUUCUUAUGACUGGCGACUUUCUUUCCAUAACCUGGAAGUAAGAGAUCACUAUUUCUCCAUGCUCAAAUCUAAAAUUGAAUUCUUUAAAAUGGCCACUGGUGGUUUGAAGUCCGUGGUUGUUACACACUCAAUGGGCAGCUGCGUAUUCCCUUACUUCUUAAAAUGGGUUGAGAAUGAUUCUGGCGGUAAAGGAGGACCUACCUGGGUUGAUGAUCAUAUCGAGUCCUUUGUCAACAUUGGUGGCCCCUUGAUGGGCGUCCCUAAAGCAGUAACUUCUCUUCUUUCCGGUGAAACUCAUGACACCAUGGCGCUAGGUAGUUUCGGUGCCUAUGUUUUAGAAAAGUUCUUCUCACGUCGAGAGCGAGUACGUAUUAUGCGUUCAUGGUUUGGAGGCUCGUCUAUGAUUCCGAAAGGCGGUGAAGCGGUAUGGGGACGACGGGAUUUUGCCCCUGAUGAUGAAGAAGACGAAAAAUAUGAAUCGUUCGGUAAUAUGGUGUCCUUUGUUCCUCAUCCAGCAGGCAUUGACGAAAAUUCCACCGCUAUACCCAGUUCGGCCAAAGAUCCUCUUCUAAAGAAUUAUACUGUGGAUGGCGCGAUCGACUUAUUGCUGAAAAAUGCAGAUGCGAAUUUUGAAGAGCAGCUUGCUAAAAAUUAUUCAUUUGGUGUUACAACGGAUGAAAAGCAGCUUUUGAAGAAUGAGGAUGAUCAUACAAAGUGGUCUAGUCCUUUGGAAUCGAGGUUGCCAGUAGCACCGAAUAUGAAGAUUUACUGUAUGUAUGGGACGGGUGUGCCUACAGAAAGAAGUUAUUACUACGCAGCAGCCGAUGAAGCAGCGGAACAGACAUGCAGGGAUGAUGAAACAAUCGAAACAUCCUGUGUAGAAGGGGCCGAAGAUUGUAGCAGUGAUGAUAAUGAGGAAGAUAUUACAUAUAUCGAUGCUAGUGUAAACAAUCCGGUUCGACGCAUUGAAACUGGUAUAAGAUUUUCUGACGGCGAUGGUACAGUGCCAUUAUUAUCACUUGGGUAUAUGUGCGCUCCAUCGGGUGGUUGGAGGAAACAUGCUGAGUUAUACAAUCCGGGUCACAGUGAAGUUAUUUUGCGUGAAUAUAAACAUGAGCAAAGUCCCAGUAAAUUAGACGUUAGGGGUGGAUAUAAAGCUGCAGAUCAUAUUGAUAUUUUGGGAAAUUGGGAGAUGACUGUAAGUUAA